CCUACUGAUUCAAAAGGUCCUUUCUACUCUCCACACAAAUCAGACAUCCAACUUUGAUCUGAGAGACAUAAUUUCCGGCGAGUCGCGGCAUAGAUGUAUAACGGAAUCGGUUUACCGACGGCCCGGGGCUCCGGGACGAACGGUUAUGUGCAGACAAACAAAUUUUUUGUGAGGUCGAAGACCAACAAGGUGCUAGUGGAUGGCGCGAGGGGUUUUGGGGCGGAUCAGGGAACCGCCGGCAUGACGCGGAAGCCUAACAAGGAGAUUCUGGAGCACGACCGUAAACGCCAGAUCCAGCUCAAGCUGCUCGUCCUCGAGGAGAAGCUCUCCGAGCAGGGAUACACCGAUGCGGAGAUCGCUGAGAAGUUAGAAGAGACUCGGAAAACCUUAGAGGCUGCCGCCGCGUCUGAAGCUGCCGGUGGGCCAACCGCUCAUUCUGCUUCAUCAUCUGAAAGGGUCUCUGAAACACAAACCCACCAAAUUGCUGCCUUGAAGGUAAAACAGAUGGAGAAAUUGAAAGCAGCACUUCGGAUAGGAGCUGAAAACGAGAAUCAAAAGAAACAGCCUGAUCCUACUCUAGCUCUGGAUUCUGUGUUGAGUGAUGAUGAAGAUGAUAGGGCAAAAAAUCAUAAAAAUGAUGGGGGGAAGGAUACAAGAAGAGGGAAAGAUGAGCCUAAGCAUCACAAAAAGAAAGAAAAGAAGGGAGACCAUGAGGAUUCCUCUGAUAGUGAUAGUGGUAAGGAGAGCAUUGAAAGGAUGAAGAAAAAGAAGAGCAAGAAAGGUCAUAGAGAGUCUGAUUCCGAAAUUGAUGUUAAGAAGAGGUCAAAAAAAGCUACAAGGAAGCACAGUAAGAGUAGAAGAUACGAUAGCUAUUCUGAUUCUGAAUCUGGAUCUAGUUCUGGUUCUUCCUCCGAGUCUGAUUAUGAGGAUAAACGUUCAAAAUCUAAAAAAAGACAUGACUCUGAUGACGAUGCACAGAUGAAACGCCAAAAAUCUGAUAAAAAUCAUAGUUCUGAUGAUGCAUCUGAUAAAAGGCAAAAAUACAAAGUUCAAAAGGGGAAACUGCCUGAAUCUGAAACUGAUAGUGAUCGGGAUAGCAAAAAGUAUCAAUUGGCAAGGAAAAUAAAUUCCUCGGAACAAAGCAAAGGGUACUUGGUAGAUAAAGAUGGCUCUAUUGCUGAUGACACCAAGAGAAGUGCCAAAGAGAAACAGAAUCGGAGUCGGAGAAAGUAUGAAUCAGAAAGUGACUCUGGUUAUGAGAGAGAAGCAAGAAAGAAAAAUGAAAAGAUGGGAAGUAACAGAAAUGAUAGUGAUGAGAAUAGAUAUGAUGAUGGCCAUGAAAGAAAACACCAGAGAACUCAGAAAGUUAAAAAACAUGACUCUGAGGAUGAAUAUGAUAGUGACCAUGUUGUAGAGGAGAGGAAAUUCCAAAGAAGUAGAAGACAUGAAUAUGAUGGUGACUGUGAUGUGGAGGAGAAGAAAUUCCAAAGAAGUAGAAGGCAUGAAUAUGAUGGUGACCGUGAUGUGGAGGAGAAGAAAUUCCAAAGAAGUAGAAGGCAUGAAUAUGAUGGUGACCGUGAUGUGGAGGAGAAGAAAUUCCAUAGAAGUAGAAGGCAUGAAGAUGAUAGUGAUGAUGAUGUGAAGGAGAAGAAAUUCCAAAGAAGUAGAAGGCAUGACUCUAGUGAUGAUGAACAUGAUAGGAAAUACCACAAAACUCGGAGGGCUGAAAGACAUGAUUCUGAGGAUAAAUCUGACAGUGACAGUGAUGUGAAGGUGAAGAAAGUCCAAAGUAGUAGAAGGCACGACUCUAGUGAUGAUGAUCAUGAUAGGAAAUACCACAAAGCUCAGAGGGUUGAAAGGCAUGAUUCUGAUAACCAUGAUAGGAAAUAUCACAAAACUCAGAGGGUUGAAAGACAUGAAUUUGAUGGCCAUGAUAGGAAAUAUCACAAAACUGAGAGGGUUGAAAGACAUGAUUCUGAGGAUGGAUCUGACAGUGGUAGUGAUGUGAAGGAAAAGAAGAUCCAAAAAAGUAAGCGUCAUGACUCUAGUGAUGAUGAUAGUGAUGCUAGCAGUGAUCAUCUUAUCAGGAGCAACAGUGAAAGUGAUUCAGAUAACAAGAGUAAUUAUCGUAAACACGGGCAGACUGAUAGGAGGAUUAAGUCCAAGGAGAAGAGUGGAAGUGGUCAUGUUAGUGAUUCUGGUGGCAGAGGAGAACCCAGGAGGGGUAGAGGUCAUGCACUAGAGGAUGAUAAGAAAAAAGAAGUGGAUUCUGGAUUGGACACAUUCAAGAAGUUAGAACAGUUGCGCCAAUUGAGAGCAGAUAUCACAGAUGGGUCAGGGAGUGGUGAUCAAGAGCUUUCUAGAGGCAAGAGGAAGCUUGAUGCCAACCAAUUCGAUGAGCAACUAAAAGCUAAGUCAAGAAAAAGGGAAUCUACUAAAGAAGAAGAGUCCUACAAUGCAAAGGUUGAAUCUGAAAAACAUACAGACCGGGAUUAUUACAGCAAAGAUUCACGAUCAGCAAGAUAUGAUGGAGGUCACAGGGGAGGUAAUGGUGAUCAAGAUGUCACAACUCGUAGGAAUGAGUCUCAGCGUGAAAGUCGGGGAGGCGAUGGGGAUUUUUCUAGGUAUGGAGAGGAUAGAAGAGAAAGCAGGAAUGAUGAUGACAGACAGGGGAGGAAACACAAAAGAGAUGAUGAUGAACAUGAAAAACAUGGAAGAGAGCGUGAAGAGGAGAGUGGCAGUAGACGGCGUGAGAGAGAUAGAGAAUAUGAUUCUUCCAAGAGAGCAAGAUAUGAGGAUUCACGCUCUACUGGAAGAAGAAGACACGAUGAUGAGAGGUAUGAUGACCGGAGAUCAAGGCGUUGAUGAUGCACUGUAUCUGAUCCCAGAAAUGUCUAGAGGUGAGCUACUUGGUUCUCUGUCAAGUGGCACCUGGCCAAAUUGCUGUACUACAUUACCCGAUGCUUGGGUUAGGGAGUUGCUGUUACAAAUUAUCUCUUUUUUUUUUUUAUCUGCUUUUUGUUCAAUAUUAUAUGUCGUUCCAACACUAAUUUUUGACGGAUCUUGGUUGUGUUUGCACAAAUCCACCUGUUUUCACUCUUCACUAUGUAUGAAUUGUAUGCUUUACAUAAGUAUGAAUUGUGGGUAGGAAUCCCCUUUUUUUGAUUUGCCAUUUCUUGCUACUUGCUGGUUUAAGCUGGAGUCCUACAUCCCAUUCCCAUUUCACCUUGAACUUAA